AUGGAAAGUAUUUUAGCAAGUGGACAGCAAAAUACUUGUCCUUAUUCAUCAAUACAAAAUAUGGACGAAUUAACUUCACAGAAGAGUAUUAACAUAUUCAAGAUGGUUGACCGUGGUGAUAUAACACAGAUUGAAAAGUUAAUGGAAGAAGACGGUGACUGCCUGAGCAGAAUGGAUGAACGUAAAUCAACCCCAUUACAUCAUGCUGCUGGAGCGGGUCACCUUAACAUCUUGACAUUGAUCAUUGGACAUGCUAACUUUGAAGUUCUAAAUGUCAUUGAUUCCAAUGGAAACACGCCUUUGCACUGGGCUGCAGAAAAAGAUCAAGCACAUAUUGUACAAACUCUACUCAACAGGGGUGCAAACCCCAACAUUCUGAACAAUAUACAUCUGUCACCUCUUCACGUGGCUGUGUCUUUAAAUCAGAAUGCAGUGGUGAAGGCACUAGCCUCACACAAAUCUACAGAUCUGAACCUGGAAGGUGAUCUUAAAAAUACACCAUUGAUGUUAGCGUGUUCCAAAGACAAUGCUGAAGGAUUGUCCAUAUUGCUGAAGCAUGGAGCAUUGUUAUGCAAACAGAAUAGACUGGGCCGUUUACCUAUUCAUGAAGCUGCAUUUUCAGGAGCAAACAAGACAUUGGAAAUAAUAAUUCAGAAAGGUGAGGAACAGGGCUACUCUCGUGAUAAACAUACAAACUGUCUUGAUAAAGGACUCCAUACCCCUCUUCACUUGGCUUUACUUGGUGGAAAAAUUGAGACAAUUAAAAUCUGCAUUGACAAUGGAGCAAAAAUUGAUUUACCCGAGAAGGAUAAAUCAACUGCCCUUCACUUUGCCUGCUUGCAGGGGGCUUUUGAGGCUGUCAAGUUCAUGCUUUCUAAAUACAAAGGAAAGAAAGAUAUACUUCACAUUCUGGAUGGUAUUAACCAAACACCGCUACACAAGGCUGCCACAUACGAUUCCUCAGAACUCGUGGAGUACUUAAUUGAACAGGGAUCAGACAUGAAUUUGACUGACAGUGAAUCCCGCACUCCCCUUCUGUGGGCAACUUCACAUGGAGCCUGGAAUACCGUGAAAAUUCUGCUGAAGAGAGGAGCUAAUGUUAAAAUAAAGAAUACUGUGGGAUGCAACUUCCUUCAUUUAACCGUCCUGCAGCCAAAAGGGUUACAAAACCUCAGUGAAGAAAUACUUCAGUCCAUAGACGUACGUGAGCUCUUGAAUGACAGAGAUAUUAAUGGCUGCACUCCAUUGCACUAUGUGUGUAAACAUGGUCUAACAGAUUCUGUGGUUAAAAUGUUGGCACUAAAUGCAUCUCUUCACUUGAAAACAACAGACAAGAGAUCAUCACUGCAUUUUGCAGCAAGUUGUGGUCGGCUCAAUACCUGCAAACUGCUGCUGCAGGAGAUAAAUGAUACAAAACUACUGAAUGAGGGGGAUGAGAAAGGAAUGACACCACUACUAUUGGCGGCACAGAAUGGACACACCAACGUGGUGCAGCUACUCCUCAGGAAAGGAGCUCUCUUUAUGCGUGACUACAAGUGUUGGACAACUUUACAUUAUGCUGCCUUUGGAGGAUAUUCUCGGACAAUGGAAGUAUUACUACAAUGUAAUAUAUCACUGCUUGACCAGGUGGAUGAAAAAGGGAACACUGCUCUCCAUCUGGCCGCAAAAGGAGGACAUAAUAGUGCAGUGCGUCUAUUGCUAGCCAAGGGAGCUGCGAUAACACUGAACAAGAAUGAAGCUUCCUUUCUUCAUGAAGCAAUUCGCAAUAAAAGAAAGGAUACCACUUUAGUUAUUAUUCAAAAUGAGAGACUUGAUGAAUCUAUAAAAGCCUUUAUACAUGGUUCCCCUAUGCAAUGCCCAAUACUGGAAAUGAUUGAACAUCUCCCAGAAGCCUUUGCUGGUCUUUUGGACAUAUGUAUGACAGAAUCUUCAGAAGACAAGAAAAGUAUGGAUUUCUCAAUUAAAUAUAACUUCAAAUACCUACAAUGUCCGCUUAAGCAUAGAAAACUUAAAAAAGAGGACAAGCAGGUUGUAUAUCCACCUCUAGCAACUUUAAAUGCGAUGAUACACUUCAAUCAAGUUGAACUUUUGAAUCAUCCUGUCUGCGAAGAGUUUCUGAAAAUGAAAUGGCGAGCAUAUGGACUUAUAGCACAUGUUUUUAACAUGGCUCUCUUUUCAUUACUACUGCUACCAAUAACUUACAUCAUUAUUGUUUCGCGGCCCCUUGCUUUUGCCAAUGAAACACAGAAUGCCCUCAACUCUACUGAGACACUGGCAGUGCUCGAGAAGGAAAAUCAGCGAUGGCAAUACUUCCAUGAUUCAUCUAAUCUUUUAGACGGGACUAUGUAUGUGACAUCCAUUCUGUUUGUAAUUCCCUGGCUUUUCCAUGUCUCUCAUCCACUACAGUGGCAGUGUGGUAUGAUUUCUGCAUAUACAUCAUGGGUGAACUUCCUACUCUAUCUUCAAAGAUUCGAUAUUUGUGGCAUCUAUGUGGUAAUGUUUGCAGAGAUUCUGAAAACCUUAAUUCAUAUUAUGAGCAUAUUUUUCUUCCUUGUCUUUGCUUUUGGAUUGACCUUCUACAUUCUUUUAUAUGAGCAGAUGGCAUACAGAAAUCCUUUUCUUUCGCUUAUGAGGAUACUUGCAAUGAUGUUGGGAGAUAUUAACUAUGAUGAAAACUUUCUAAACGCAUAUUAUGAAAACAGGAUGCCGUUCCCUACACUGACAUUCCCAAUGCUGACUGUUUUUAUGUUAUUCAUACCAAUCCUCCUCAUGAAUUUACUGAUUGGUUUAGCAGUGGGAGACAUUGCUGAAGUCCAGAGAACUGCAACCUUAAAAAGAAUGGCAAUGCAGAUUUUUCUUCAUACCAGUUUAGAGGAGAAGCUUCCCUUUUGGUUCCUUAAUAAAGUCGAUGAAGUGGAAACAACAGUCUAUCCUAACAAGCGAAAGUCUGGUAUGAUAAACGCUUUUCUCCAGAGCUUUUCAGAAUCACAAAACUAUGAAACACGCUAUGAAAUGAACAAUCAGGCAAAUGAUCUCAAAAAGCUUGAAUUACAACUGGAGAAACAGAAGUAUAGGUUGAAAGACCUUUCAGCAGCAGUGCAGAAGCAAUAUGAUCUGCUUGUGCUCAUAGUUCAGAAGAUGGGAAUUCCUUCUGCGGUGGAAGACCGGGACCAAGAUGAAUAUUCUUGCUACAUCCAAGCCAAAAGACAACGUUUCAAGAAGACUGGAAGCAAAUGGGAUCUUGCAUUGAAAACCAUGCAAUGCAGACAGAAACAAUUAUCCUCUUGUUCAUUUACUCUUUGUAAUGAACCUGAGUGGAAAGGCACUUGA